ACACAUGAUUUUGACAGAACUCUGCGUAAUCCGCUUGUGUCCGGUUACAACAUCUUACUGUGAAGUUCCUGGAAACAUUCCAGCUUUAAAGCCGGAAAUACAAUAACACAAAAUAUUAUCAGUAAUGGUAGUAAUAAUUUCUCGCGUGACAUUGAUAAGAACAGGCAGUGGAGAUACAGCAGCUGCUGACUGAUCAUGGGGGACAUCGAGAAAGGCAAGCGUAUUUUUCUUCUAAAAUGUGCGCAGUGUCACACAAUCGUAAAGUGCGGCGCCCACAAGACAGGACCCAACUUGUGGGGUCUGUAUGGGAGGAGAACCGGACAGGCAACAGGCUUCUCCUACACAAGUGCCAAUCGUGAUAGAGAUAUAGUGUGGACCGAAGAAACACUCAUGAUUUACCUUGAAAACCCCAAGAAAUACAUUCCUGGUACCAAGAUGGUGUUUGCUGGGCUCAAAAAGAAGAAGGAACGAGAGGAUGUUAUCGCUUAUUUAAAAUAUGCCACCACUCAGGACGACUCGUGCACAGAUCCCAACGGCUCUCAGUGAAGCGGAGUGGAUCCUGAUUAAAAAUCAGAUCAGAUCUUGGUUUCUCUGUGUAGAACUGGAGUGAAGCCAGGAAAGGCACUGAAUGCC